CACUUUCUUGUCUCUGUUCGGCUCUCUGUAUUAUGUCUAAUCUCCUGUACCUCUGAAGUGCACCAGACCCAUCCACCGGGCUUAUCAUGAGCAGUGACAGACGCCCAGCAGUCGCCACAUCCCUCCAGCACAUGCCUUGACCUCUCUGACCUCUCAUUCCCAGCACUGCCAACAGUAGAAUUGAUCACCACACACGCUUUUUGUCCAUAUAAUGAAAGUCAGAGGGACCAAAACAACACUGGACAACACUGACUUUCACUGUAUGGACAGAUAAAUUACAAAUACGUUCUUCAAAAUAUGUUCUUUUGUGUCACAGGAGAAAGAAAGCUAUACAGGUUUGUAAUGAUGUGAGGAUGAGUAAAUGAUGAUAGAAAUCAUUAAAAAUGAUUUGUGUCCCAGCAGAUAACCUUUCCCAGGCCCACCCUGCUUCUGCUGCGAACUGUCUGUGACACUCUCACUGGAGGCUGAUACUGUUAUUGCAGUGCAACCAGACUGCCAUAGGCAGGUGUAUGAGUGAUUACAUAUAUUUGGCUCUGAUCCCUCGCAGGUCAAUCCCUCUGGAUUUCUGUAUGGAUCUGGGACUGUAAACAAUUUCAAGAGGGAAAUAUCAGAGACAGAUUUCAAUUUGGUGUAGGACUGUAGAGGAAGGUACCUGGACUCACAGCGGAGAUGGACGCAGGCCCGUUGGCAUCAGUGACCGAGGGCUCUCUGGAAGGGGAGACGGUGUGUGCCGCUUUGGCCCGCUAUGAAACCACAUUGCGGGAUGCGGUGCGUGAGAUCCAUGUGGAUGUCAGUGCUUUCAAGCUGGGCAUCGAGCGGAGACUAGAAGAGGCCAUUAAUGUGAGCGGACCUCUGGGCCGGGCCGUGGCACAGCUGCAGCAAGAGAACCGGCAGCUCAGGGGUCAGUUAGAGGCCCUGACCCGACAGGUAGAGAUGCUGACAGGGUCGGUGUGUGACAGAAGCGCACUUCUAACUGAAGGAUCGCCGCCACCACAGAGCAACAGUAGCACCACAGGGCAUCAGUCUCCACCGUCUGCGGCCCCCAGCGUAGCGGCUCUGACCGGCACUAGCGGCUCUGUCUCCAGCCCCACCGCCACACGCUUCUCCAGCAGAGCCACCUUCUCCGUCACCACCAAAACAAAUAGUGUUGAGCGAGAUGAGCCCAUUGAAGUGGAUCCAGCACCAGUUUCCCAAGGCUUGGAGAAUGGACACUUAUACUCAACAGAAAACUCCACUAUACCUUUGAGGAGAAAUUCACCACCCAACAGUGUGUCACAGGAGCACUCAGGCCCUGUUUCGAUGGCGAUGCCACACAUGCCAAUCACAGCAACCACCAAAGUUGCUGAUUCAGGAGUUAUGAAAAGUCCUGAGUCACCUGGUAGCCCAAUGCAAGCUACGCCAUCAGCCAUAACAGAUUCACUGUCAAACAGUCAGCCGGUCACCAGUAAUAACCAGCCACAACUAGAGUCUCCUGUUCAUGCAGUAUCGUCUGUGAAAACAUGGGCUCCAACUCCUGCCAGGACUAUGGGUUCUCCACGGCUUAGUGAGAAAGCAUCUUCGACUCCAGCCAAGUCAGUGACUUACUCUGGGCUUUUCCCACACAGUACAGACAGGAAUGUGGAUAUGUCAGGGGAUUUAUCCUUUGGUGGAGGUAUUGAGCGCAGACGGGAGCUUGUGAGGUCCCAGACUUUACCUCGAAACAUUGGAGCCCAGGCUCGCAGGUCCAUUUUUGAAAGGCUAGACUCUGAGAACAACAGUCGACCCAAGCCUGUGGAUUCCAAACCAAAGCUGAAACGCUCUCAGAGUUUUGGAGUAUCCAGUGCUAGCAGUAUCAAGCAGAUUCUUCUGGAAUGGUGUCGAUCCAAGACUAUUGGGUACCAGAACAUCGACAUUCAAAACUUCUCAUCCAGCUGGAGUGACGGCAUGGCAUUCUGCGCCCUCGUCCACUCUUUCUUCCCCACAGAGUUUGACUACAACGUCCUGUCCCCUGCUGACCGCAAACAUAACUUUGAGCUGGCAUUCAGCGCUGCAGAGAAGAAGGCUGGCUGUGAUAGGCUCAUUGAAGUGGAGGACAUGAUGGUGAUGGGAAGAAAGCCAGACCCCAUGUGUGUCUUUACUUACGUCCAGUCACUAUAUAACCACUUGCGCAAGUUUGAGUGAGAUCUCGGCCUCUUCAGUCCCAGCUGAACACUCUGCGCUGUCCCCUGCUGGACAAAACUGAACUCUGAUAUUGUCACUAUGGUAUUGGGUUGCAAAAUGUCUAUGGUCACCCACACCAUUUCAAGCAUGAUGCUUCUGCAGUUGCAUUUUAGUCAUGAACUAUUUAUACAGUCCUUUAAGACGUGGCUUUUGUGUAUGGCACACUCUUUUUAGAAUGGUGGCCUCUGAUUUAUUACUAAACAGCUUGAAGUUAAAGGAAUAGUUCUGCCCAAAAUUAAAAUGCACUUAUCUUUAAACCACCCAUGAUAUAGAUGAGUUUGUUUCUUUGUUGGAAAUAGAUUUGGAGAAAUUUACUUCACUUCACUUGCUCGCCAUUGGAUUCUCUGCAGUGAAUGGGUGUCGUCAGAAAUUAGCGUUUAAACAGCUGAUAAAAAACAUCACAAUAAUCCACAAGCAAUUCACAUAAAUCCAGGUCAUCAAUUAAUGUCUUAUGUUUUGAACUUUAAACCGUUCCUUUCUGCUAAAAUACGAGUCCUCUGUCAAAAUUG